AUGGACGUUGAUGCUGCUUGUAGCCCAGGCCUCUCCAUGUGGUUGCUUUCGGCUUCCUCACAGCAUGAUGGCUGGGUUCCAAGGCCAAGGACUCAGAGAGAGGCGGGUGGAAGUUGUACCUUUCAUGACCAGUUUUGGAAGUUACAUAGUGUCACUUCCCCUAUACCCUAUUCAUUGAGUCAGUCACAAAGUUCUGCCCAGGUUCAGAAGGAGAAGAAAAAGGUUCUGCUUCUUGAUGGGGAGCGACAAGGUUCUGGAAAGGCACAUGGGGCCAGAAAUGUUGCUGCGACCAUUUUCGGAAAUUAUGUUGUUGCUGUUCAGUUGCUCAGUCUUGUCUGA